AUGGUGCUGGGAUCGUUCAACCAUUAUCCUCACAUCACUGACUGGCAGGCGUUACAUCCCGGAAGGCUUAACACGAAGCUGGAAUCGUUUGGAUAUCCACCCAUGUCCUCGUUGGUGCGGGAUCUGUCGGAUGGGGUGCGGCUGAUUCAGCUCAUGGUGGGAGAUCAUGGGUGCGCUCUCUUGGGAGAUCAUGGAUUUCCGACCUCAAUCUCGCGUGUAGGGGACGUAUCGCUCGGAAAGUAUAAUAAGACUCCGCGUAUGCGAGUGCAGAAGGCCGAGAAUGUGAACAAAGCCCUCGAAUUCAUCACCUCUCGAGGGGUGAAACUUACCAACAUCGGACCUGAAGAUAUCAUUGACGGAAACCUCAAGCUGAUCCUCGGCAUGAUAUGGACGCUCAUCCUCCGCUUCACCAUCGCGGACAUCAGUGAAGAGGGUCUGUCUGCCAAGGAGGGCCUUCUCCUCUGGUGUCAGCGGAAAACGGAGCCCUACAAAGAAGUGAACGUGCAGGACUUCUCUCUCAGUUGGUCGGAUGGGUUGGCGUUGUGUGCUUUGAUCCAUUGCCACCGACCUGAUCUCCUCGACUACGACAAAUUGGACAAGUCUGACCGCCACGGAAAUACAAGACUCGCGUUCAAGAUAGCAGCAGAGCACUUGAAUAUCCCGCAAUUGCUCGAAGUGGAAGAUUUGUGCGAUGCGGCCAGGCCGGAUGAACGUAGUGUGAUGACCUAUAUUGCGAGUUUCUUCCACGCUUUCUCUUCGAUGGGUAGCUCCCUCUCUCCUCUUGUGUCCCGUCAGCCUUACUUUCCAACAGAGCAGGUCGAGACCGUCUCUCGACGCGUUGAGAAAUUCGCAGAACUCAUGCAGUCGGUCUGGAUAACGAGACAUGACUAUGAGCGCCGAGUCCGUCUGCUGUUGACCGCCCUUGAUGAAGUUCAGACGAACUGGGCUGGCAGCAUCUUCACUGGAACCUACGUCGAUGCCAAGGAGCAAUCCUCCGAUUUCAAUGCCUACAAGCAUUCUGCAAAACGCGCUUGGGUGGUAGAAAAGCAGGAUCUCGCGACUCUCAUCGGGAAUGUCCAAACCAAAUUACGGACGUAUGGGCUGAGGGAAUACGUUCCACCUGCUGGGCUUGGCCUAGGUGACUUGGAUGAUGCAUGGAACCACCUGUUAUCAUCAGAGGCCAGACGCUCCAGGUCUAUCAAUGCGCAGAUCCGACAGUUCGUCCUUUCGAACCGCGGUCAUUCUUGGGUUCUCACCGAGUUUUUCAGAAUCAAGGAACGCUUGCGAAAGUCAUUCGCAGAACUUGCCAAUGAUUUCGAACAAAGGCUGCGCGCCAUCUCAUCUGAAAUCACCGCGCUCGAAGGUCCAUUAGAGACGCAACAGCAAUCAAUUGGACAGAUACAAACCCGAAUACCGGCAAUCGUUGAUGCGCUUGACAGAGUGGCUGCAUCCGAAGCCGAGUGCAACGCAGCCAAUGUCGAAGAAAACGACUACACUGUGUUUACGUGUCAGGAUCUCGAGUUUGAGCUGGAACUUGUCAUCCAGAGCAUUGCCAAGAAGCUCUCCUUCAUCGACAAUCAGAUCGUAUCCAGAAAUAUGACCAACUUGACCCCUGCUCAGCUCGAACAAUUCGAGAGCACCUUCAGAUACUUUGAUAAGGACGAAACAAACACCUUAAGCCAGCCGGAGCUGUCCGCUGCAUUGGCUAGUCUGGGUAUCGUUUACUCAGAGGACGAUAUGAACUUCAUAUACGACCAGUUACAGCAAGACUACGGAGCUAUCAAUUUCGAGGCCUUUAUCAAUCUUCUGGUCGACAUCACCGAAGAUCAGACCACUCCAGAACAGCUUCGGGAGGCGUUCAGAGGCAUUGCCUCAGACAAGGCAUAUAUCUAUCCGCUGCGCCAUCUACAUUUUCUGACGUUUGGACAGCCGUUUGUAACGGAGCUGGACCUGCGGUUGCAUCAUCUGCCUGCGUCCGCAAUCGACUAUCUAAGCGAAGUGAUGCCACAGGCAAAGAACGCAGUGGGCGAGUCAGAGUAUGACUAUGAAACCUGGUUGGACGACAGCUCCGGUGUUGCGGUCAACAAUGAAUGUAUCGACACAUACAACGCGCUGAAGUUGAAGAAGAAGACGAAGUACAUCAUCUUCAACCUCAACAAAGACAACACGGAGAUCGUCGUCGAGAAGACAUCUGAGUUGACCGACUACGACGAGUUCCUCAAGGAUCUUCCUGAAACAGAGCCCAGAUGGGCGGUAUACGAUUUCGAGUUCGAGAAGGAAGGCGCUGGCAAACGAAACAAGCUCGUCUUCUACUCAUGGACUCCCGAUGACGCCAAGGUCAAGGCCAAGAUGGUGGCCGCGUCCUCCAAGGACGCACUGCGCCGAGCUCUGGUUGGCAUCGCUGUCGAGAUCCAAGGAACGGAGUUCAGCGAGGUCGCUUAUGAAGCCGUAUUGGACAAGGCCAGCAAAGGCAACUGAAUUCGGAUGUGAUCGCUAUCGAUGUAUCCUGCCAUCUCCGAAUGAAAUCAAUGCCCUAUAGUCUUCUUUCGU